ACUACUCCGUAUUAAUAUUUUUUGGCCAUUUUGUAAAGUUUUUCUUCAUUUUUUUAUAUCAAAACUCAGUAGUGAUCAAUUGUGUUUUUUUCACUUUGAAGUAUUUUUACUCUCUUCAUUUUUAUUUAACUGUUUGUUUCAUUUUCCGUGUUAAACAUUUACUAGUUGUAUAUAAAAAUAUACAAUGAAUUAAAAUAUAAAAAAUAUAUCAAAUUAUUAGUAUAAAAAAUACUUUAAAUAUUUUGUUUUAAAUCUAGAAUCCAAAAUUAGCUAGAAGCAGGAGAAGGGAAGUGGACAUAAACAUCCGUUCACCAUUCUGAAUAUCUGAUUCUAUCUUCCCGCCGCCAAGUAUGCGGCAUGAAACUAAUAGCCAUUCUGAGAGCGCAGAGCUUCUUUGGAGCAUUUCGUCGAACGGUUGUCGUAUCUCCGCCCGCCUCCUCCCAACUUCGUCCCCGUUUCAGUUUCUGCGCGCAAGUUCCAUCUCCGUUGCCCGAAUCGGAAGCAGAGAGAGUGCAUAAUCUGGCGGAAGAUAAAGAAAACGAACAAGAAGGAGGAGAAUCAGACGCCCAGAGCUUGAGUUCGAGGAUUGAAAAACUGCCCAGAGGAGAGGCGGUCGGGUCAGCCUUCCAGAGCUGGAUGGGCGAUGGCUUCCCAAUCCACAGAGGCCAUAUCUUCCAUUCCAUCAACCGCCUGCGCAGGCUCAACUCCACCAAACGGGCUUUCGAGGUGAUGGAAUGGGUGAUCAGGGAGAGGCCAUACAGGCCGAGGGAGCUUGAUUAUUCAUAUUUAUUGGAAUUCACUUCCAGGCUUCACGGAGUUACCCAAGCUGAAAUUUUGUUCUCUCGAAUUCCCUCGGAAUUCCGAAAUGAUUUGCUCUACAACAAUCUGGUGCUCGUGUGCUUGGAAAGAGGGAUGAUAAGGCUUUCACUAGCAUAUAUGAAGAAAAUGAGGGAGCUUGGUCUCCGGAUCACACACUUAGUGUUUAACCGCCUUAUCAUUCUACACGCCUCCCCUGGGAGGAAAAAGUCUAUACCAAAAAUCUUGAUGCAGAUGAAAGCUGACAAGGUGGCUCGGCACGUUUCCACCUUUAAUAUUCUGCUAAAGAUUGAAGCUAAUGAGCACAACAUCGAAGGCUUGCUCAAAGUGUUUAGUGAUAUGGAGAGGGUUAAUGUUCAACCUAAUGAGGUAACUUAUUGCAUUUUAGCCACUGCCCAUGCUGUGGCGAGGUUGUACACAGUGUGUGAAGCGUAUGUUGAAGCUAUUGAGAAGUCUGCAACAGGUAAAAACUGGUCUACAUUUGACAUUCUUGUUAUCUUGUACGGGCAUUUGAGGAAGCACAAGGAAUUGGAGAGGACAUGGAGAAUCAUCCAAGAACAUCCCCACGUUAACUCCAAGAGCUACACAUUGGGUAUUGAAGCAUUUGGGAGGAUUGGUGAUCUAAACCGAGCAGAAGGCGUGUGGGUUGAAAUGAAACUAGAGAGGGGUUUGGAAUCUAUUGAGCAGUUCAACUCAAUGAUAGCCGUGUACUGCAAGCAUGGUCUGGUGACGAAAGCAACUGGGCUGUACAAAGAGAUGGAGGCUUGUGGAUUGAAACCAAACUCUAUAACUUUUCGGCAUCUUGCUCUGGGAUGCUUAAAAGCUGGCUUAAUGAAGGAAGCCAUGAAAACUUUGGAGCUUGGGAUGGAUAUGACGACAAGCACCAAGGUGAAAAGGUCUACUCCAUGGUUAGAAACUACUCUAGCAAUAAUUGAAGUUUUGGCUGACAAUGGGGAGAUAAAAAUGGUAGAGAAGUUGUUUGAAGAUCUGAAGAAGGCCAAAUAUACCAGGUACACAUUCGUGUACAAUGCGUUGAUAAAAACAUAUGUGAAGGCAAAGGUAUAUGAUCCAAAUCUUCUGAAAAGGAUGGUUUUAGGAGGGGCAAGGCCGGAUUCAGAGACUUACAGUUUACUGAAGCUCAUUGAGCAAUAUGGAACUUGACACCAGAGUCAUUGUCUUCUGGUUCUUCUGGAAUUGGAGAAUGAAAAGAAUGAAUUGCAAACUACGUUUCUCCGCUGUAAUGCCUCAUGUUCAACAAGGUGUAUGAAUUUCUUCAUCCUUUCUUUUUUACUUAAAUGAUUGCUUUACUACCGGGAAAUAGUUUUUGACGCAUUUUGUGCUCCACCCCUUCUGCCUUUUGUUGGUAGGUA